ACAGGUUUCCCAGUUAUGCAAAAAGGAGUACCACUCGGGUCAGUAGGAACACAUCUCUCAAAGAACAAUAUAUGUGAAUUAGCUGGUUUUCAUUUUCUAAAAUGGCAAAUUAAGAGAAGGACAUGAUGCUUAUAUAUUAAUUUAUGAUGUAUUUAUUAAUCUGUUCACAGAAAAGGACCAUUGAAAUCCAAACGCAAUGGAAGAGAAAAAUUUCACUAAAGUGAAGGAGUUCAUACUUUUAGGGUUCACAGCUGACUCAAGGUUACAGAGGGUACUCUUUUUCAUCUUCCUCAUCAUUUAUGUCAUCAGUCUCUUAGGGAACAUCACCCUGAUGUCUCUGAUCUGUGCUGAUUCACAGAUCCACACACCCAUGUAUUUCUUCACUGGGAACCUCUCAUUCCUGGAUCUCUGGUAUUCCACUGUCUACACCCCGAAGAUCCUAGUGACCUGCAUCUCUGAGGACAAAAGCAUCUUCUUUGCUGGCUGCCUGGCUCAGUUCUUCUUCUCUGCUGGACUGGCAUAUAGUGAGUGCUACCUGUUAGCUGCCAUGGCUUAUGACCGCUAUGUGGCCAUCUCCAAUCCCCUGCUUUACUCCCAAGCUAUGUCCCCAAGGUUAUGUACCAGUCUUGUUGCAGCUUCAUACCUUGGUGGCUUUAUUAACUCAACAGUCAUCACUAGUGAAACAUUUACUCUGAACUUCUGUGGCAACAAUAUCAUUGAUGAUUUCUUCUGUGAUCUUCCCCCACUUGUGAAGUUGGCAUGUGAUGUGAAGGACAGUUACCAGGCUGUAUUAUACUUCAUACUUGCCACCAAUGUCAUUACUCCCACUGUACUCAUUCUUGCCUCCUACCUCUUCAUCAUUGCCUCCGUCUUGAAGAUUCGUACCACGCAAGGCCGCCUCAAGGCCUUCUCCACUUGUGGCUCUCACCUGACAGCAGUCACCUUGUACUACGGCUCCAUUCUCUUCAUUUACUCCAGGCCAAGCACUAGCUAUGCCCUGGAACGAGAUAAAGUGGUGUCAGUGUUCUAUACCGUGGUGAUUCCAAUGUUGAACCCCUUGAUCUAUAGCUUAAGAAAUAAAGAUGUCAAAGAUGCCCUGAAGAAAAUGUUAGACAGAGCAAAGUUUUCCUAAGGGAAAAUACUUGGUAAGCAAUGGCUAUUUUUUAACAAGUUAACUCCAUAUCAUUUUUAUCAGAUUGUACUUUUAGAAGUAAAGUUAAAGAAGCGGGCAAAGAAAGAAACAAAAAGUAAUUGAAUAAUAUAGAAACACCACUUUGUAUUUGUCUUUUUAAGUCAUGUACUAAUGUAUUUCAGUAUACUUUUAGAAUAAAUGGGACAGGGACAUUUGGAAAAACUCUAUCUGCUAGCUUAGGACGGAGUCUAUUCGACUGCUAGGAUUCUGAAAAAGCUAAAAAGAAAGCUGAUUUUUUAUUUUCACUUGAAAGUUCAUAAAUUGCC